AUGAUCGUUAGGGCACACCAAUUCCGAGAGAUUGAACAUCUGUAUGUUGAACAUAGGCCUGUAUUUGUUCCAAUCAAUUUCCCCCACUUUUUGAUGAACUCACCAUCCAAAAGAGUUGAGAAACUUAUUCAUCUGUUUGUAACAGAACACCCAAUGGCAACAGUUGAUGAUGGAAUAGCAUACAUCAGGCAUAUGCUAAACAUGACCAUUCCAAGAGAAAAAAUGGAAGAUGCAAUGGACAUGGCGAAGGAGAAUGUGAUAGCAUGGAAAAACAUAGUGUAG